AUGUAUCAAAUACUGUUAUUUCUCGCUAGUAUUCAUAUUAUCCCAUUCACUCAUUCGAAACCAUAUUCCGUUGAUUUUAUUGUUGCACAUUUAAACAAAUAUGCGAAUGAAUCGAUCAAUCCUUGCGAUGAUUUCUAUGCGCAUGUUUGUCCGCCAGAAGGGAUCAAUUUUAUGAGAAACUUGUAUGAAGAGCUGACGGAUGAUGAUGAGCAAACUCAGCUUGAUUUCAUGAGCUCCAAUGAUUUGGUAAUUUUCUUCCACAAGUUUUCGCUCAGAAAUUGGUCUCGCGGCGAUUUGCGUGGAAACUAUUCGUAG